UCACCUCCUUCCUGUUGAGAACUUCUGCAGCACAACCUAUGCUGGGAUACAACUGUAACCACGUUAGUGCUGCUAAAACAGCACCGCUUUUGUUAUGUUGUAUACAGUUACUAUGAAAGUUGGCUUGAACUCAUGGGGCAGAUUCACCUUCUAAAUUGUUCCUAGGAAAGUUCCCGUAGAAACUCAUCUCAGCAAUGCGGACAGGAAUUCCACUGUUUUUGUUGUUGUUUUACAGGUUUUAGAUGGAGCGGGAUUAGAUGUUGAUUUUCAUCUAAUGUCUCCAAAAGGAGAAACUCUAGUAUUUGAUCAAAGAAAAUCAGAUGGAGUUCAUACUGUUGAAACAGAAGAUGGUGAUUACAUGUUCUGCUUUGACAACACAUUCAGUACUAUUUCUGAGAAGGUUAUUUUCUUUGAACUGAUCCUGGACAACAUGGGAGAAGAAGGAGAAAAAGAUCAAGAAGAAUGGAAGAAGUUUGUUACAGGCACAGAACUCCUGGAUAUGAAACUGGAAGACAUUUUGGAAUCCAUCAACAGUGUCAAAGCUAGACUAAGCAAAAGUGUCCAGAUUCAGACCCUGCUCAGAGCAUUUGAAGCUCGUGACCGAAACAUACAAGAGAGCAACUUUGACAGAGUGAAUUUCUGGUCCAUGGUCAACUUGGGAGUAAUGGUGGUGGUAUCAGCUGUUCAGAACCUUUUGAACAGCACUAGACACACCAGGUUUCCAAGUCAUAUAUGGGGCUUUUUAACUUUAACAGAAGGCUUUGCCCCAAGCUCUUCCAUCUUUGCAAGUACUAUUAACAAACAGUUGUUUUUUAUGCUUGUAGCAUUCGUUAAUCAUUCAUAAUGACUAGCUUAUGCAUAGCACACAGGAUGUGGGUUCAUAUGCAAAGUAAUGUCAAUAUUCUCAUCUUACGUUUGCAUAAACCUUUAAAUGGUAACUUAAACUUGGUUUGUUUGAUGUUAAACAUUGAAUUUAAAUCUGUGCCUACAUGUUUACAAAAUUGGGGCUCACAGAGUAGCCCGUGGUUACCAUCAUUUCUUGUCAAAGUGAAACAUUUUUUUUAAAACAAACAAUUUGUCAUUAUGCAGUAGAAAUAGUGUUCACGUAGAAACACGGGGCUAAUAUUGUGAGAACAAAAUUAGAACUUUUUCCUUUUAUAUAUAGAUGACUGCCAACAGCACUUUAAAGAUAAAUAUUGUCAUUGUGAAAUUGAGUCAACAGUGAAAAGAAUUAGGAAAAAAAGGUGUAAUUUAUGUUCAUAAUUCUGUCUUGUUUUAUAAUCCCCUUUCUCCUUUUUGGCUGUUACAUGAAAUCCAAAAUACAGCUGACUAUAUGGUGUUCAGAUGGAUGCAAACACAAAUUAAAGCAUAGUUUGUCAGCUCUUAAGUUACUUGAAUAUAAUGUAGUAGAUACAUUUUUCAGGAAGUCAUUGCUCAUUUUCCCCCUUUUAUUUUAGAG